AUGUUUCGAAUUUCAAAAAAGAAAGAUGGGAAAUGGUUUGUGGACUUGUUUGAUGACACACACAAUCACAAAUUGAGCAUGACACCAACAAAAGUGAUGAAGCAUCGGUCUCAUGCGAAGUUCCACCGUACAAUGGAAUGUAAAUCUCUCAUGGUGGAACUUAAUCAAGGAGGGUUGAAACCUUCUCAAAUUAAAAAGGCUAUUAAUGCAAUGAAAACCUCAAAUGAAGUUGAUGUUACUUCAAAACAAUGUGUUGAUGUAUUAUCUGAGCAACGAAAACACAACAAAAGAAGGGAGUUUUAUGGACUAAUAAAACAUUUACAAGAUAAAGCAUUAGUGGAUAAUGAUCAGUAUUAUGUUGUGGAUUUGUGCAGUGAUGGUUGUCCUAGACAUAUUUUUUGGGCUGAUGGAAGAUCAAGAGACGAUUUUACUAAAUUUGGAGAUGUUGUUGUCUUUGAUGUAACUUAUAUGACAAAUAAAUUCAAGAUGCCUUUUGCUCCAUUUACUGGGGUGAACCAUCAUGGACAGUCUGUACUUUUUGGUGGAGCGUUACUAGAAAACGAAAAGGAAGAAACUUUUGUAUGGUUGUUUGAGCAUUUCCUUAAAUGUAUGUUUAGCAAGUACCCAAAGGCUAUUAUUACUGAUCAAGACAAAGCUAUGGAGCACCUUCGACCAUAUAUUGCUCGUUAUAGUGAUUUUCAAGAAUCAUAUAAAGAAUGGGUAAUGAGUGACACAAUUGAAGAAUUUGAAACUAGGUGGGAAGUUAUACGUGAUAAGUAUAAACUUGAAAGCAACUGUUGGAUAACUGAUAUGUAUAACCAACGAGUACAUUGGGCUAAAGCCUUCUUAAAGGAUAUUUUCUUGGCCGUGCAAUAUGACAAAGCAAUUGCUUCACGAAGGGCCGCUGAAGAAGAUGAAGAUUUCAAGACUAUGAACUCGAGGCCAGUUCUUUCCUCAAAACAUCCAAUUGAAGCAAAAGCAGGAUGGACCCUUAAUGCAAGGUACAAGGUGGGUAAGCGUAGUAUCGGACUCGAAGAAAUGAAUAACGGAAAUGGGGUUAGUGCUUAUACUUUAUGGUGUGUUCGUUCAAAUUUUAAUAAAGUAAUUGAACAAGCAAAAGACUCCCCUUCAGAAAUAGAAAAUGUCAAUAACAUAUUGAUAAAGCUCUUACAAGAUCAAGCAAUACAGAAAAAACCUCUACCAGUUGAGAACGUAUCUCAAGGUUCUUGUGUGAGAAUUUCACAAGUCGAUAUAAUGCCUCAAUUAUUUGUCUGGGAUCCUCUUGCUCCAACCAACACGAAAGGGCGUCCAAAAAUUGCUAGUAGAAUCAAGUCUUCUUUAGAAGUGCCAAAAAAACGAACAUGCUCUUAUAGUCAAGGAUUAGGUCAUUAUGCUACUAGUUGUUCUAAAAGAAAGGUCAUGUCGUCGUUACUGACCUGGUGGAUCGAAACUACAAAUCAGAAAAAGGAAGCUUUUAAGUUAGGAAGGAAGUUUGAGAACCCAAAACCCGCACCUUUUCCGGCGAUUUCCAGCUGGGCGGCAUCGCUUCCGUCGUCGUUUCCCUCUCUUGUGAUCAGUGAUGCCGCCAUCGGUGACUACCCUCCUCUUAGUUGUGUUCCCCUGACUACACAACACAGUGGGAUUGACAACCCAUGUACGCUCGAUAUGCCCUCUGCAUCUCAAUUUCUUUCAACCAAAUAA